AUGGCAGCCGACGAGCACUCGCCGGCGGUCGGCGAGGAUGUUCAGGCCUGCCAACGACUGUACCGCGCAUUAGGCGACUGCCACAGACGCAUCCCCGCAGGAAGAUCUCGCGAUGUGGCCUGCCGACACCUGAAUCGUUCCCUCGCCGCCUGCCUCGUGGCAAUAGCCUGUCCCCAGGAGGCCGAUGCCGUCCGCUCCCUCUGCUCCAGCGCCGGCACCGCUCUUAAACGCCGCCAGUGCCAGGAAGCGCAGCUCUCUCUGUCGGCCUGCCUAUCCAGACACCAAUCGGAGGAACUCUAA